AUGGCAUUCCAGUCCACUCCAGCGGAUAUAUCCGUCAUUAUCACGAGCCCCUCGGGGGCCAAGUCUAACAAUGGCGAGCCGACCUUCGUCACUGAGCGUCGCAUCACCCCCACCUGGACUGUCCUCCAGGUCAAGAGCAAGCUGGAAACCAUGACUGGCGUUCCUCCGGGGAGCCAGCGGCUGCUGGUGAAAGUCCCUGGCCGACCUAAUCAGUGGGCUGAGGACAAUGACCGAUUCAUUGGAGACUGGGGCCUUGUGAAGGGAUCGGAAAUUGAGGUUCACGACACCCGCCCCCAGGCCAUGCGUCCGAAUUUCACCGACCUGUCGUCGGUCGAGAAAUAUGAGCUGCCCGCCGAGACAUACGAGUCCCUCUCCAACUCCGUUCUGGCCUGGAAAAAGAACCAGAAGUUGGGCCGCUUCGACCCGAACGCGCUCUCGCCAGAGGAAGCCCUGCGCAAGCAAGCCGAGAAGGACGCCGCCGAGGUUUCUAGCAGAGGCAUUGCCGUAUCUAAGCGGGCUAUCAUUCUCCCCUCAUCUCCGCCGCAUAUCCGGCGAGGCACGAUUCGCUUUGUGGGACCCGUGCCCACCAUCCCGGUCACUGGCCCGGGCCGGGAGUUGACGAGCGAGGGUCCGCUCCCUGCAGACCUCCAGCCGAUCUGGGUCGGCAUCGAGCUGGACGAGCCGACGGGGAAGAACGACGGCAGCGUUGGCGGCCAGCGGUACUUCGAGUGUCUAGAGAAGCGGGGUGCAUUUGUCAAGCCGGAGAAAAUCGAGGUGGGUGAGUUUCCGCCGCUGGGGCUAGAUGAUGAGCUGGAUGAGUUGAUGGAGGAGAUCUGA